GACGCGGUCCCUUCAGUGGUGGUGCCCGGAGCUGCGAUGCCGCCUAAGCCCCCGCGCAGGGCGGGCGCCGCCAGGAGCCAGCGUGCCAGCCCCGACGGCGGCUCCGCGCCGCCCGCCACCCCCCGGCUCGAGAUCGGAGAGGCUGACUUCGUCGUGCUCUGUGAUGCCCUGAAAGUGUCGGAGAGCGUGAGGGAGAAAGCGUGGAAGACGUAUGAGAGCCUAUCCGCAGUGGAUGGAGCUCUGGCUUGUAACAAAAAGAAAAAGGAAACAUGGGGAUUGUGUAUCUUUAUUGUAGCAAUUGAUCUGGAUGAAGUGACAUUCACUUUCACUGAGCUUCUGAAAAGUAUAAGCAUAAGUGUAUGCACAUUUUUUCAGUUUCUGAAAGAGGUGGAUGUUAACAUGGAUACUGUAAGCACUAAAGUUGAUAGCACUGUAUCAAGGCUGAAAAAGAAAUAUGAUGUAUUAGUUGCACUAUACCACAAGUUUGAAAGGACUUGUGGCCUUAUUUAUCUGGAACAACCUAGUAGUGAGAUAUCUGCUGAACUCAGUUCUGUAUUAGUCCUAAAAAAUUAUUGGAUUACUUUUUUGCUGGCAAAAGGUAAAGUGUUGCAAGUGGAGGAUGACCUGGUGAUUUCCUUCCAGUUGUUGCUGUGUGUCUUAGAUUAUUUUAUCAAACUGUCACCCCCUGCCAUGCUCAAGGAACCAUACAAGUCUGCUAUGACUGCAGUGACUGUUAAUGGUUCGGCUCGAACUCCAAGAAGAGGUCAGAACAGGAGUACACGUACAGCAAAGCAACUUGAUACCGAUACAAAGAUUAUUGAAAUCCUUUGUAAAGAGCAUGAUUGUAAUUUAGAUGAGGUCAAAAAUGUGUAUCUCACAAGCUUUAUUCCUUUCUUGAAUUCUGCUGGUAUUGUAGCUUCAAAUGGACUACCAGAGGUUGAAGUUAUCUUGAAACAGUAUGAUGAGCUCUAUCUCAAAAACAAAGAUAUAGAUGCAAGAUUAUUUCUGAAUCAUGAUGAAACUCUGCAGCCUGAUGUCAUAGCAUGCUCACAGUUGGAGAGGACACCACUGAAAAACAGUCCAGAGGAGGAAAUUAGUCUUAUACUUCCACAGACUCCUGUUCGAGCGGCAAUGAAUAACAUUCAGCAACUGAUUAUGAUUUUAAACUCAGCACCUGAUAAACCAUCAGAUACUCUCAUCACAUAUUUCAAUAAUUGCACAGUGAACCCUCACGAUAGUAUCCUGAAAAGAGUAGAAAGCCUUGACCACAUCUUCAAAAAGAAAUUUGCUGAAGCAGUUGGACAGGGAUGCGCUGAAAUUGGCUCACAGAGAUACAGGCUUGGAGUACGUCUCUAUUACAGAGUAAUGGAGUCUAUGCUGAAGUCGGAGGAAGAGCGCCUCUCAGUGCAGAAUUUCAGCACACUUCUGAAUGAUAACAUCUUCCACACAUCUCUUCUGGCGUGUGCUGUUGAGGUUGUCAUGGCUACAUAUGGCAGAAAUGCUUCACAAAGUGAUGGUACCAGUGCUGAAACAGACUUGUCUUUCCCAUGGAUUCUCAAUGUAUUUGAUUUAAAAGCUUUUGACUUCUACAAGGUGAUUGAAAGCUUUAUUAGAGCAGAGCCAAGCCUAACACGGGAAAUGAUAAAGCAUCUAGAACGCUGUGAACAUCGAAUUAUGGAGUCUCUUGCUUGGCAAUCUGGGUCGCCUCUGUUUGAUCUUAUCAAGCAGUCAAAAGAACGAGAAGGCCAAACUGAUCAGCCUGAGACCACUUCUACUCCCAAUACACCUUUGCAACAUAAUCACACUGCUGCAGAUCUCUAUCUUUCUCCUGUGAGAUCUCCUAAGAAGAAAGCGUCUGGACCUCCUCCAAGUGCUAAUUCCACUCCAGAUGCUCAAUCUGGUGCGACCCCGCAAACACAGAAACCACAAAAAUCUACCUCCCUCUCUCUGUUCUACAAAAAAGUGUAUCUUCUGGCCUAUCGUCGGCUGCAUACCCUGUUCCUUCAGCUUCUCUCCGAACAUCCUGACCUGGAACCCUUGAUCUGGACACUCUUCCAGCACACACUGCAAAAUGAGUAUGAGCUAAUGAGAGACAGGCACUUGGACCAGAUCAUGAUGUGUUCCAUGUAUGGCAUAUGCAAAGUAAAGAAUAUAGAUCUUCGAUUUAAAAUAAUAGUUUCGGCAUACAAGGAGCUUUGCAACACAAAUCAAGAGACUUUUAAACGUGUUCUUAUCCGGGAAGAACAAUAUGACUCCAUUAUAGUCUUUUACAACUUAGUGUUUAUGCAGAAGCUGAAAACAAACAUUUUGCAGUAUGCUUCCAACAGGCCUCCUACUCUGUCACCCAUCCCACACAUUCCUCGCAGCCCUUACCAGUUUUCCAACUCUCCUCGGCGUGUCCCUGCUGGCAAUAACAUCUACAUCUCACCUUUGAAGAGCCCAUACAAAUUCUCUGAUGGAUUUCAGUCACCCACAAAGAUGACUCCAAGGUCAAGAAUUUUGGUGUCAAUUGGAGAAUCAUUUGGGACUUCUGAAAAGUUUCAAAAAAUAAACCAGAUGUUGUGCAACAGUGACGGCCAGCUGAAGCGCAGUGCAGAAGUAAGUGCUGCUCCGAAGCCACUGAAGAGGCUGCGCUUUGAUAUAGAGGGGCAAGACGAAGCAGAUGGAAGCAAACACCUACCCCAGGAGUCCAAGUUCCAACAAAAGCUUGCAGAAAUGACAUCUACUCGAACAAGAAUGCAAAAGCAGAAGCUGAAUGAUGGAAAUGAUACCUUAGCCAGUGAAGAAAAGUGAGAUUAUUCUCAGGACCAGGGGCUGCACUGCCAGCCCUCUUAGAUUGUUUUUGUUUUACAGCCUUCAUUAAUAGAGUUGCAUUUUUAGUUGCUUUUUAUUCCAAACUGCUAGUUUGAAAGCAUUUGUAUUUUUUAAAUUGUUAAAUGUCUUUCAUGAUACCUUUAUCUUAUUAUGUAGCAUAUAUACAAUAUAAGCCACUGAAUUUAAUUUAUAUAUAUUUUUGAGGGUUUUAAAAACAGAGUUGCAAGGUUUCUGAAUUUCCUGUUGUAGCGUUACUGAUAUAAGCCAAUUCAGUCUCCUUGGAUUGAAUUCUUUCUGCCUAAAGAUGAAACGUUAGCUAGUAUGAUAUGAAAUGCACUAAUUUUGUUUCUUAGAUUUGAAUUUUAGAUUUUCAUUACUUGCGAAUUUUUAAAAUGAGGGGCCAGAUACUGCAAAGAUUUCUGUCUCUGUACGUAACUAGCGCAUCAAGUUCCCGUUAAUUUAAACUGGACAGCAGUCAUAGGCCUUGCGGAGCGUGGGCCUCGCCUCAGAAGUACAGCCUAAAUUCAAAGUGAAAUCAUUACGCAGCCGUACUACUGAAACCAGUACUUGGCAUUUUGCAGUUUUCCAUUGUUAUUUCAGAGGGCAGUUAGACUGUCCAUCAGUUUGAAGUUCACAAAAUAUGAUUCUCACAGAGAUUCAUCCCAGAAUCCUACAGAGAAUCUUCCCAGAAGCUGAAGCCUCUUCCCAUAUGCAGAGUAAUUGAUGUGCACUUUCUUACCUUGGAAAAUCUCAAAAGAAAAAACAAACAAACAAACAAACAAACCUAAACCUCACCUGGUACACAUAAGAAUUCAAAAUUCUAAUAAUGUAGAAUUUUCUUGAUUUUUCUCAAAUUUUUACCUAACUGUAGCCAAGCAAAACAGCUUGAGAAGCAGCUGAAGGCUGAAUGACUCCAUUUGGGUUCCAGGUGGGAGUAGCCUGAACUCUAAAAGCACAGGACAUCUCCUGUUGGCCUUACUGCAGCCUGCACAGAAGCUGAAUGUGGUGAACUCGUGUUGGGAAAAUCAAUCUGCCUUAUUUUACUGAAAAGGCAGUUAAUUGGGCAAUUUGUGAAUGGUUGCAACUAGCAAAAAAAAAAAACAACUCAACUGUUUGUCAUCUUUUGUAUUUGUAAGUUUCUGAUUCAGAUACUGGAAUUUUUCUUUCAAUGACCAAGCUUUGUAAAAUACACAUAACAAAAGCACAUUUUUUACUUCCAGUAGAUUAAAAUAUAAGCAAAUGUUUUGCUUUAAAAUGACCAAUUUUUAUGGAAUUUAGCUUUUGCAGCUACUUAAAUUAAGAACAGUUACAGUAGAAAAGCAUGGUGUUCAUGACGCAAACGUUCUAAACCAACAUCUUCUCCAAGUAGCUUAUUUACAGGUUGUUUAGCUGACCUUAGAGUACUUACAGUAGCAUUUUUUUUUAAAGAUCCAUUCGAAGCUAAUCCUAGAGCUACUAAAAAUUCUACGAGCAGCACACUGAUAUGUGUAAAUGAAUUUUAAAAUAAUAUUGAGGGGUUUUUUAGACUUAGUACAGCUUCAGCUUUCUUCCUGAAAAAUGUACAGAAGUUUUAAGAGUACCUUAUGUUUAUUUUCUCACUUUUUGCAGAGUUUUACAGAAAGAAUGUAUCUUAGCAUUGGGGUACACUGACUUAAGCUCUGUCAGUGUCAGCUCUGUUACAGUAGUCAGGGUUCUUCCUUUGGUGAGGGGAAGAAUACAGAGUCCAGUACCUAAACAGAUUCAUUAUUUCUUUACUGUGACAAUGUAUUUUUUUUGUUCAAACAGACUGAAGGCUUUACAUGAAAAGUAUGAUAAUAUUUUAUAAAACUAAUCAGUUUCUCUCCUUUCAAGAUAAAUAAAAUAGCUUUUAAAAGA